UCUCAGCAGAAAAAACCUAUAAAAGAAGUGAAUUAAUAGCCGAAAAAUUAGUACGAGGUUGAUUAAGCGCCUAGCAAAAUGAAGUGCUUGGCAUUGCUCGUUUUUGUGAUUUUCUUACAAUCACUUGACGCAUACAGACUAAGUGGAAAUAAUAAUGGACAGUGCAAGACUUGUGGUAAUUCUAAACCGGUCCAAUCCGGAGGCCAAAAUUUCAAUUUUAAUUUCAACAAUUUAAAUAAAUUAAAUAAUGGCCACAAUACACACUCAAACAAACAGCGUUUGGCUAAUAUUCACCGAUCGAGCGGUCAACGGUUUCCAAACAUUUCUAAUGUUGGAUUGAGCCGUUCGGUACAGAGCGUUACAACGAAUUUGCAAGAAUCAUUUGGCGCAUUGAUCGACAAUCUAGAAAGUUUAAUUCAAUGCUCAUCGCAAAUAAUGUCUGACGUAUCCAGUCAGUUGCUUAACAGUAUCGAACCGAUUGUCUCGCAAACGGGAUCAACAUUGCAAAUUUCCUCGAUAGCUGCAGCGCUACCAGACGCUUUCGAAUCGAUCGUUCAGGCCGUAUCAAUAUUGAAAAUUGAAGCAAUAACGAAUCCGGUUAUAGCUUCUAUUAAUGACAUACGAAUUUGGAUGCAAAAAUUGAUUGGACUAUGCAGUGGUCGAAUUACACCGGUGCAUAUAAAUGCCAUUAACGAUGUUGUUACUGGAUUAACCAAAUCUAUUCAAACUUUCGUUAAUACUAUUACCCUCAUCUUUACUACUUCCGUCAAAGUCAUCGGCAACAUUUCAAAAUCGGUAGAAGACUCAGUGGCUUCACUUGCAUUGGUAUUAGACACCGUCUUGGUCAUCACUCAAACUUUGACUAUUACAAUAACGACUACGAUUUCGGUAACUGUUUCGUCAACGUCAACGACUAUAACGACGUUGAACACAUUUUUGGUAACUGUAAACAGAACUCUACAGGAUUUGAAGAGCACGAUUACAUCGAUCACCGCAUCAAUUAAUGUAAGUUUAACAGUAGCUAUUAAGAACAUUAGCUUUACACUUACUACUCUUACGACUACCCUCAAUACGUCAUUGAAAAACAUUGUUGGAGUGGCUAGCGAUCUAACGCUAAACGUUGGAAAGAUAACUCAAGGUUUGACUUCCAGUGUUACGCAGCCUUUAACAAGUGUAACAAAUACGCUCGGUAAUUUUGCUAGUAGUCAUGCUCCUAUCGUAGAUGGUCCAGUCAGAAUUUCAGUACCUACAAAAACUCAACAAAGUUCGGAGACUACAUAUCAAACACAGUAUUCUACAGGGUCAAUUUCUCAAAUUCAGCAAAUUACUCCUAUAGCUCCUCUUGACGCAUCUGUAGCUCCUGUUGGCGCUGCUGUUGAUGCUCCAGUUCACGCUACUGUUGAAACUACUGUGGCUACUGUUGACGCUCCGAUUCAAACUACUGUAGCUAAUGUAGACGACCCUGUGGACACCCCUGUUGACGUUACUGUUGAAACUCCUACAGCUACUGCAGACGCUUCAGCAGCCACUGUUGAUGUUUCUGUUGACGCUCCUAUUGAUGCUCCUAUUGACGCUACUGUUGAUGCUCCUAUUGAUGCUCCUGUAGAAACUUCUGCAACUACUGUAGACGCUCCAGUUGAAGCUAAUGUUGACGCCCCUGUUGAUGCUUCUGUUGACGCUCCUAUUGACGCCACUGUUGACGCUCCUAUUGAUGCUCCGAUUGACACUACUGUUGAUGCUCCUAUUGACGCUCCUGUAGAAACUUCUGCAACUACUGUAGACGCUCCAGUUGAAGCUACUGUUGACACCCCUGUUGACGCUCCUAUUGACGCUCCAGUUGAUAAACCUGUUGACGCUCCAGUUGAAGCUACUGUUGAAGCUUCUGUUGAACCUUGUGUAGCUUCUGUUGAUACUCCUAUUGAUGCUACUGUUGAAACUACUGCAGCAACUGUUGAUGCUCCUGUAGACGCUCCACUUGAAGCUCCUGUUGACGCUACUGUAGAUGCUUCUGUUGACGCUCCUGUUGACGCUCCUGUUGACGCUCCUGUUGACGCUCCUGUUGACGCUCUUGUUGAUGCUCCUGUUGAUGCUCCUGUUGAUGCGCCUGUAGACGCUACAGUUGACGCUCCAGUUGAAGCUUCUGUUGAACCUUGUGUAGCUUCUGUUGAACCUUGUGUAGCUUCUGUUGAUACUCCUAUUGACGCUACUGUUGAAACUACUGCAGCAACUGUUGAUGCUCCUGUAGACGCUCCACUUGAAGCUCCUGUUGACGCUCCUGUUGACGCUCCUGUUGAUGCUCCUGUUGAUGCUCCUGUUGACGCUCCUGUUGACGCUCCUGUUGAGGCUCCAGUUGAUGCUCUCGUUGACACUCCAGUUGACGCUCCUGUUGAUGCUUCUAUUGACGCUACUGCAGUGCCUGUUGACAUUGCUGCAGCCCCUGUUGAUACUUUGAUCGAUAUUCAGGACCUUUCAGAUGAAAACAACACGACUUUUGAAGGUAUUCUAUCUUCUUCUCAUAAUAUUCAAAAUGCUGAGGAUAUCACCGAAGCAAUGAAUAACAACAUAAAAAAUGUGCAAAUAGACACUGAAAACUUACUGGCUUGUACGACAGACAUCGAGUUUGACUUCGACACGUUUCAAGAGAUUGUAACAGAAUUGAUUCUUCAUGUGCAAGAGUUCUACACAAAUAUCAGUUCCGUCAUUACAGCUGUUAACCCGUCCAGUAAUCUUGAUUCUGCAAAUAUUGAAUCUGUUUUAUCGCUUGUUUCUUCGUUUUCAUCUGUUCUUUCUAUUGUUGAGAAGACACUAUCUGUCGCGUUUUCUUAUAUCAGUUUGAAUUACGGCACAAUUCCAAACCUAGAAACUGUCAAUAAUGCUGUUAAUUCUGCAAUUCAAAUAUUUAGUGGAAUUACUUCAUUAAUAUCGAAUUCAGACUCACAUUCAAUUUUAAGUGAAGUAACAUCAGUUUUACCUGAUGUUACUGUUUUACCCGAUAUUCAUGGAAAUUUCCCACCCGGAAAAUAUCACGGUCGAUUCCGCGAAGGACAAUACCCAGGCAGCUUCAAACCAGACAGUUUUAAUAGAGACAAUUUUAAACCUGGCAGUUUCAAUACGGCCAGCUUCAAACCCAGUAACUUCAAACCUGGCAGCUUUCCAAAGUGGAACUUUAAACUCGACAACGUUAAAUCAAAGCACAUUUACCCUAACACACGACAUACCAACACUGACAGAAUUACAAAGGAUCGUCGAAACGUCUUAGCCUUCGCAGAACCCAAUUAUCGUCUUCCCAAUAGAGGUCCUCUUAAUGUUCCAGUUGCACCGCAAAUUGCAGCUCCUGUUAACCCAGUUACCAAGCCAAGUGAUGCAGUUGAAUCAGGUGUUUUAUCAGGUUGUCAAACUAUCGUUGACCCAGUCCACGUAGUAACACUUGUUGACGUUCCUGUUGACGCUCCAGUUGAAGCUCCUGUAGAUGCUCCGGUUGAAACUCCUUCAGUUACUGUAGACGCCUCAGCAAGCACUGCUGACACUUGUUCAGCCCCUGUUGACGCUCCUGUAGAUGCGUCUGUAGACGCUCCAGUUGAUGCUCCUAUUGACGCUCCACUUGAAGCUCCUGUUGACGCUUCUGUAGAUGCGCCUGUUGAUGCUCCUGUAGACGCUCCACUUGAAGCUCCUGUAGAUGCGCCUGUUGAUGCUCCUGUAGAUGCGCCUGUUGAUGCUCCUGUAGACGCUCCACUUGAAGCUCCUGUUGACGCUACUGUAGAUGCGCCUGUAGACGCUUCUGUUGAAGCUUCUGUUGAACCUUGUGUAGCUUCUGUUGAUACUCCUAUUGACGCUACUGUUGAAACUACUGAAGCAACUGUUGAUACUUCUGUAGACGCUCCACUUGAAGCUCCUGUUGACGCUCCUGUAGAUGCUUCUGUUGACGCUCCUGUAGAUGCUUCUGUUGACGCUCCUGUAGAUGCUUCUGUUGACGCUCCUGUUGACGCUCCUGUUGACGCUCUUGUUGAUGCUCCUGUUGAUGCUCCUGUUGAUGCGCCUGUAGACGCUACAGUUGACGCUCCAGUUGACGCUCCAGUUGAAGCUCCUGUUGAAGCUUCUGUUGAACCUUGUGUAGCUUCUGUUGAUACUCCUAUUGACGCUACUGUUGAAACUACUGCAGCAACUGUUGAUGCUCCUGUAGACGCUCCACUUGAAGCUCCUGUUGACGCUCCUGUUGAUGCUCCUGUUGAUGCUCCUGUUGACGCUCCUGUUGACGCUCCUGUUGAGGCUCCAGUUGAUGCUCUCGUUGACACUCCAGUUGACGCUCCUGUUGAUGCUUCUAUUGACGCUACUGCAGUGCCUGUUGACAUUGCUGCAGCCCCUGUUGAUACUUUGAUCGAUAUUCAGGACCUUUCAGAUGAAAACAACACGACUUUUGAAGGUAUUCUAUCUUCUUCUCAUAAUAUUCAAAAUGCUGAGGAUAUCACCGAAGCAAUGAAUAACAACAUAAAAAAUGUGCAAAUAGACACUGAAAACUUACUGGCUUGUACGACAGACAUCGAGUUUGACUUCGACACGUUCCAAGAAAUUGUAACAGAAUUGAUUCUUCAUGUGCAAGAGUUCUACACAAAUAUCAGUUCCGUCAUUACAGCUGUUAACCCGUCCAGUAAUCUUGAUUCUGCAAAUAUUGAAUCUGUUUUAUCGCUUGUUUCUUCGUUUUCAUCUGUUCUUUCUAUUGUUGAGAAGACACUAUCUGUCGCGUUUUCUUAUAUCAGUUUGAAUUACGGCACAAUUCCAAACCUAGAAACUGUCAAUAAUGCUGUUAAUUCUGCAAUUCAAAUAUUUAGUGGAAUUACUUCAUUAAUAUCGAAUUCAGACUCACAUUCAAUUUUAAGUGAAGUAACAUCAGUUUUACCUGAUGUUACUGUUUUACCCGAUAUUCAUGGAAAUUUCCCACCCGGAAAAUAUCACGGUCGAUUCCGCGAAGGACAAUACCCAGGCAGCUUCAAACCAGACAGUUUUAAUAGAGACAAUUUUAAACCUGGCAGUUUCAAUACGGCCAGCUUCAAACCCAGUAACUUCAAACCUGGCAGCUUUCCAAAGUGGAACUUUAAACUCGACAACGUUAAAUCAAAGCACAUUUACCCUAACACACGACAUACCAACACUGACAGAAUUACAAAGGAUCGUCGAAACGUCUUAGCCUUCGCAGAACCCAAUUAUCGUCUUCCCAAUAGAGGUCCUCUUAAUGUUCCAGUUGCACCGCAAAUUGCAGCUCCUGUUAACCCAGUUACCAAGCCAAGUGAUGCAGUUGAAUCAGGUGUUUUAUCAGGUUGUCAAACUAUCGUUGACCCAGUCCACGUAGUAACACUUGUUGACGUUCCUGUUGACGCUCCAGUUGAAGCUCCUGUAGAUGCUCCGGUUGAAACUCCUUCAGUUACUGUAGACGCCUCAGCAAGCACUGCUGACACUUGUUCAGCCCCUGUUGACGCUCCUGUAGAUGCGUCUGUAGACGCUCCAGUUGAUGCUCCUAUUGACGCUCCACUUGAAGCUCCUGUUGACGCUUCUGUAGAUGCGCCUGUUGAUGCUCCUGUAGACGCUCCACUUGAAGCUCCUGUAGAUGCGCCUGUUGAUGCUCCUGUAGAUGCGCCUGUUGAUGCUCCUGUAGACGCUCCACUUGAAGCUCCUGUUGACGCUACUGUAGAUGCGCCUGUAGACGCUUCUGUUGACGCUCCUGUUGAAGCUUCUGUUAAACCUUGUGUAGCUUCUGUUGAUACUCCUAUUGACGCUACUGUUGAAACUACUGAAGCAACUGUUGAUACUCCUGUAGACGCUCCACUUGAAGCUCCUGUUGACGCUCCUGUAGAUGCUUCUGUUGACGCUCCUGUAGAUGCUUCUGUUGACGCUCCUGUAGAUGCUUCUGUUGACGCUCCUGUUGACGCUCCUGUUGACGCUCUUGUUGAUGCUCCUGUUGAUGCUCCUGUUGAUGCGCCUGUAGACGCUAGAGUUGACGCUCCAGUUGACGCUCCAGUUGAAGCUCCUGUUGAAGCUUCUGUUGAACCUUGUGUUGAUACUCCUAUUGACACUACUGUUGAAACUACUGCAGCAACUGUUGAUGCUCCUGUAGACGCUCCACUUGAAGCUCCUGUUGACGCUCCUGUUGACGCUCCUGUUGACGCUCCUGUUGACGCUCCUGUUGACGCUCCUGUUUACGCCCCUGUUGACGCUCCUGUUGAUGCUCCUGUUGAUGCUCCUGUUGAAGCUCCCGUUGAAGCUCCUGUUGAAGCUCCUGUUGAAGCUCCUGUUGAAGCUCCUGUUGAAGCUCCUGUUGAAGCUCCUGUUGAAGCUCCUGUUGAAGCUCCUGUUGAAGCUCCUGUUGAAGCUCCUGUUGAAGCUCCUGUUGAAGCUCCUGUUGAAGCUCCUGUUGAAGCUCCUGUUGACGCUCCUGUUGACGCUACUGUUGAAACUCCUGCAGCUACUCCUCUUGACGCUACUUAUCAAACUCAGCAAAGUGCGGAGACCACUUUCCAAACUCAACAAUCUUCGGGGCCCACUUCUAUUGAUACGACUUUCAAUUCGAUUAUAAACAACAGCGAAAGUAUUCAUAAUAAUUAUUCCGGCUCACUUUCGGUUGUAACAGACAAGCUUUCCCAAAUUAUGCGAGAAGUAACAGUCGGUGACGGUUCCACCACAAUUAACAUUCAGGAAAUAAUUGAAGACUACGGUCGAUAUUUUGAGGCUAUUUUGAACUCCUUUUACGAUUUGGACGGAGUCGAUAGCAUAUCCCCUGUUGUUGCUGACAAUGUUCGCAAAAUUGGGUCAUCCCUUCAAAAUGUGUUUACUUUGAAGCAAGAGUACAGCACUGACAUUGACUUUGAGUUCAAAUUUAAGACAGCUCUCAUUCAACUAGGUGCAGACAUUCAAGUCUAUGCCUCGAUUGUUGGUGCGAUUAUAAGAGCUGUAGAGCCGUUUAGCAGUAGUCUCGAUUGGAAAGUUCUCGAAUCAACUUUAUCGAUUGCAAUUACGCUAUCGUCCGUCUUAUCUGUUGUACGAACGGCAUUAUCUUCGUCGUUGCCUUAUGGCAAUCAGAGUCAAAACUCAGACCUCGAAUCAAUAAUUGGAACAAUUAAAACAUCAAUUCAAGCAUUUGAUCCAGUCUCUUCUUUGAUAUCCGGAUCUGACUCACAUUCCAUUCCAAGCUACUUCAGCGUCUUUGCAUCCGCUAUAAGCGACAUUUCGAGUAUUCUUUCAAACUCUCUGAGUAAAUUCACUUUUGUCUUACCUGACAUCAAAGUCAACAUACUUCAAGUUGUUAGAGAAAUAGGUUCACAAACCAGCUCUAACACUCAGCAAACUACACAUACUACUUCUCAAACUUAUCAAAAUAUACAAUCCACUUCACAAACUGAACAAACUCAACAAUCUUAUGUAUCAAAUUCCCCUGUUGACGCUCCAUUUGAAGCUUCUGUUGACGCUCCUGUAGACGCUACUGUUGAAGCUUCUGUUGAACCUUGUGCUUCUGUUGAUACUCCUGUUGACGCUACUGUUGAAACUACUGCAGCUAUUGUUGAUGCUCCUGUAGAUGCGCCUGUAGAUGCGCCUGUAGACGCUACAGUUGAAGCUCCUGUAGAUGUGCCUGUUGAUGCUCCUGUAGACGCUCCACUUGAAGCUCCUGUAGAUGCGCCUGUUGAUGCUCCUGUAGACGCUCCACUUGAAGCUCCUGUUGACGCUACUGUAGAUGCGCCUGUAGACGCUUCUGUUGACGCUCCUGUAGACGCUACUGUUGAAGCUUCUGUUGAACCUUGUGCUUCUGUUGAUACUCCUGUUGACGCUACUGUUGAAACUACUGCAGCUAUUGUUGAUGCUCCUGUAGAUGCGCCUGUAGACGCUACAGUUGAAGCUCCUGUAGAUGUGCCUGUUGAUGCUCCUGUAGACGCUCCACUUGAAGCUCCUGUAGAUGCGCCUGUUGAUGCUCCUGUAGACGCUCCACUUGAAGCUCCUGUUGACGCUACUGUAGAUGCACCUGUAGACGCUUCUGUUGACGCUCCAGUUGAAGCUACUGUUGAAGCUUCUGUUGAACCUUGUGUAGCUUCUGUUGAUACUCCUAUUGAUGCUACUGUUGAAACUACUGCAGCAACUGUUGAUGCUCCUAUAGACGCUCCGUUGGAAGCUCCUGUUGACGCUCCUAUUGAUGCUCCAGUUGACGCUCCUACAGAAUCUACAAUUGACGCUCCUACAGAAUCUACAAUUGACGCUUCUGUAGACGCUACUGUUGAUGCACCUGUUGACGCUACUGUAGACGCUCCUGUUGACGCUACUAUUGACGCUCCUGUUGAUGCACCUGUUGACGCUCCUGUAGACGCUCCUGUUGACACUCCUGUUGACGCUGCUGUAGCAGCUAAUCCUGUAGGUGGUACUGAAGGAACUGUGGACACUAUAUACUCUGUUGACCCUAUAUUUACAACAUACCCUAUAUAUAACGUUGAUCAUAUUUAUCCUGUUGACCCUGUUGUCCCUGUAGCAACUAUUGAUCCUGUUUUUUCAGGAGGAACUACUACCGUAACAACACUUGCCAUUAAUUCACUAGAGAAAGCUUUCCAAGAAGUGUUGCAAACGUUAAAUAGUUUAAAAUCAAUUCAAAAUUUGAUUGGAAAUACUUACACAACUGUUCUAAAGAUCCAAACUAUUUUGCGAACAUUGUUAAUACGAGUAGGAAAAAUUGACAGAACCACAUGCUCGAGCGGUAAUACUUUGGAUGGUAUAGUUGUUGCUAUCAACGAUAAUGUUGACGAUCUUGAUGAUUUAGUAAAGUAUCUAGUCGACGAAGUUGCACGCAUAACCAAGAUUUCGGCCAUUGCUACUGAUGCAUUGAUUGUAUUUACAGGUACUAUUGAAUUAGUAUUUUGCCUAACAGGAAAUGUAAACACAUUCGUUACUGGUAUCUUGGAUACUGUCGCUAAUUUAAGCACCAAUACUGUUUCCACAAUCGAAACAACAAUUGGUUCAUCAGUUCAGGGUCUAGUUUCAUCGUUCAAUGAAGCUGUAAGCACAUUACAGAGCAGUGUUAACUCAAUCAUCGGCAAAGACCAACUUCUUAAAACAUCUCUCAAUGGCGUUAAAAGAUCAUUGUCUGAGGCACUAGGAACUCUGUCAGCAUCCUACAUAAAAUCGACACGUGGUACAGCUAAGAACAUAAAUUGGAAAGGUGGUCUUUUCAACAAUCUUAAGGCAGUUCAAGAAAGAAAUAAAUCAUUGUCAGGAACAUCGAUUACAAGACCAGCAUCAGCUACAACUGGAUCUUCGGUUAAUUUGUUGUCGAAUUUGUCCAAAUUACUCAAAUCGUUAGGAAAUUCAGGUGGAGGAUUCUUUAAGUAUAAUAUCAAAAAUAACGGUUGCCGGAAAUGCCAAUGCAACUGAGUAGUGACAUGAUGUCGUGUAUUUCGUUUCGUUGCUUUAAUGUAACACAUGAAACUUAAUACGACUUAUUUGUGGGACUAUUUUAUGGGUGAUGGGUUGAAUGAAUUAAAAUUAUAUUAUGGGUGGUGGGCUAAGCAAAUUAUAUAAAUACGAAUGGAUAUUGGGCUGCACAAUAUUUUUUCGGUGAUACAAUUACUACGAAGUUGUCGUUUUGCACUCCAAAAAAAAAUGUUAAUUACUCGACUGGAUAUGACGUAUUGUUGGAAUAUUUAAAUCAGACAAUAUCUAUGAAACUUUUUUUCAUAAUUGCAUAAUAGUUUUCUGUCGUGUAUUUAGCUUGAAUUUAACUUUUAUACAAUUAUAAGUAAUUUUAAGUGCAAAAAUUGUAUCCCUGAAAAAUUUUUUUGGAAUAAAUGAAUUCACACACUG